AUGAAUUUCACUCCCCCCGUGUUGGUUGUAGGCGCCGGGCCAACAGGUCUGGUAGCAGCAUUGACACUCCUUCAGAACGGCAUCCCAGUUCGCAUCAUUGAUAAAGAACCCAACCCUAACAUCGGACAACGAGGUCCCGCAAUCUGGCCGCGCUCUCUCGAUCUCUUCAGCUUCUUGAAUGUUCCAGAAAUCAAUGAUUUGGGGAAACCCUUCCCUGUAAUCCGUUCGUACCAGCCAGGGACGUUGGAACUUAUGAAGGAAUAUCCAAUGGUCCCGCAUAUAGAACCUACACCUGCGAUACCAUUCUACGUUGCUAAAUUCAUAGGUCAACAACUCCUAGAUGUGAUUCUGCGACGCCACCUAGAAAAAUUCUCGUGCUCUGUCGAGAUGGACACCGAACUGCGCUCCUUCGAGCAGUCCGACGAAAGUGUCACAGCUGUUUUAGAAAAGAAUGGCAUGCUGGAGACUUUCAAUACUAAGUGGUUGAUCGGCGCUGAUGGUGCUAAAGGCAUCGUGCGCAAACAACUUGGCCUCACAUUUUUGGGCGAAACGAGAGACGAUGCUCUAAUGAUCACCGGAGAUAUUCGUCUAACUUGCGUGGGUCUUGAUAGAUCUUACUGGCACCAAUUUGGAUACUUCAAGGAACGAGGCCUCUCAAUACGUCCAACAGAUGAAGUUGGCGAAGAUGGCUGGCAAUUCUUGAUCUUUGGUGGCGAUGUAGACUUGACGAAAGCUGCUCAAAGCGAGGAGCUGGUCCUUGAGAUCAUUACAUCGUUGAUACCUACGGAGAUUACGUUCACCAAAGUCAUCUGGAUGAGCGAGUUCAGGACCAAUAUUCGUAUGGUAAAUAAGUUUAGCGAGGGUCGAGUGUUUGUUGCGGGUGGUAUUGUCCAUAGUCCAACCGGUGGUCAAGGACUUAACUCAGGUGUACAAGAUGUUUUCAAUUUAGGAUGGAAACUCGCGCUCGUCGAAAAAGGACUCGCCGACAAGUCUCUUCUUGAGACGUAUAAUGCCGAGCGUUUGCCUGUCAUCUCCGAGAUGCUCGAGAUGACUACCACAAUUCUCAACCAGACAUUAAAGACAGGCAACAUAAGCACCACACGAAGCCCAAUCCUUUUCAUGCUCGGUAUCAACUGCCGAUUCAGCGACAUCGUUCUCGACGAGUUUGUAAUUCCAGGGAAGCCUGUCAAUGCAUACUGGAGAGAAUCUGACGUGAAGACACUUUUUGGUCUCUACAGACCUUGGUAUCACACUGUGCUUGUGUUCGCGCCGAGUCAUACAGAUGCUACCUUGACCUUGGGUGCGCUGGAAGCAUACGACAAAAGCAUUGUGCGAUCAGUAGUCAUUCCUGCCUUCAUCUUCAUCAGGUGA